UAUUUGAGGUUCAGUCAUCAUGUAGGAGUGCUUCACUCAGAGGUAGGGUGAGGAUAUGAGGCAUUAAAGCAAAAGGAAAGCAUGCACGGAGCCACACUUGAUGGUAUCAGAGUAGCUGAUCAGGUUCUUCUGCAGUGACAGCGAAGAGACUUAUGGAGUUUGCUGCUUGAGCUUCAAGCUUUCAGUGAUGAGGAAAAAUCGCUGCAUCGGAGAUGAGUCCGUGCAAAAAAGAAAGACCAUGAUGGGAGUUUGCUGGAUGCUCAUGAUCCUCCUGUGCUGUGUGUCGUCUCAUGCUACUCAGUGUCCCCGCACCAAUGCCAGCCGUGGGCAGCUGAAAUCUUACUGUGUACCUGAACAGGGCCAUAUUUCUGUAUUUGUGCCGUGUCCCAAUGUGACCUCUGAGGAGAAAACAUAUAAACUUCUCAAACACCAGACGGUGAUUCACAAAUGCAUGCUAUCCAAUGGAGAGACAAAAACCUGUGAAGCCCAGAAUGGUUCACAGGUGGAUGUGCAAUUCAAAAAUAAGGAGAAAUCCCCAGGUUUCACAGCAAAUGUCACAGGUCAAGCAAUCUAUACAUGUGAGGCCGAGCUCGAUUACCCUCCUCCCUUCAUAAAAAUACCAAGUGAACAGGUGGUCAUUGUCACAGAAGGAUGUUGCUGCCAGUGUAAUAAAACCAACCAUAAUGACACAAGAGAUGUAAAAGAACCAGAAAGAAGACAAAACCAAAAGUUUCUAUGGAUCUGGAUUACAGUGGUUGUACUUCUCAGCACCUACGGCCUGGCAGUCACCAUUGUAGCAUUUAUCAUUUGGUUCAAACUGAAGAGUGCUGAUAGCCAAAACGACUACAUCAACACCAAACCAGCAAAGCAACGCAAGAACAAAAACAAGGUUCAGAAUCCCAUACCGCGAUACUUCUGAUCGCUCACGCCUGGCUGGAUCACAGCUACACUCCUACACGCUGGGAGAUUUUAAGUAGAAGCUUAUUGUCAACUUUAUGUUUGAUUUGUUUAGCAAGUUGAUUUUGUUACUAUAGAAAUAUUGUCUACACAGCAAAAGCAGCAGUUCCCGUAGAGUAGUGGGUGUAUGACACAAUAAAAUAAGAAAAAAAAAAAAAAAAAGUUUCUGUUUUGCUCACUUCCUUUCUCACUCACUCACAGUCUCUGUCUCAGAUUUGUUGUUGGGAACCCCUCUAUUUGUGGUUGAAACAGAAGGUGGUGUCUGAAUGAGGGGAUUUAACCACAUUUAAAGGGUUUUUACAACAAGUUGCCUUGUGGAUCAACAGUG